AUCGGCGUGGGCGCCUUCUACGGCUGCUCCUCGCUCGUCUCCAUCGACCUCCCUGCCACCCUCACCUCCAUCGGCGACGGCGCCUUCGGCAGCUGCUCCGCCCUCUCCUCCAUCACCUUCUCUGCCACCCUCACCUCCAUCGGCAACCGGGCCUUCGAAUGCUGCUCCUCUCUCGUCUACAUCGACCUCCCCGCCACCCUCACCUCCAUCGGCAUGCAAGCCUUCUACUACUGCUCCGCCCUCACCAGCGUCACCCUCCCCGCUGGCCUCACCUCCAUUGGCGACUACGCCUUCGAGUGCUGCUCCUCCCUCGCCGCCAUCAGCCUCCCCGUCGGCCUCACCUCCAUCGGCAACGGCGCCUUCUCUGGCACCUCUCUUGCAUCCGUUGCCUUCCCUGCCAGCCUCGUCUCCAUCGGCGAUGACGCCUUCUACCGCUGCUCCUCCCUCGCUCGCGUCACCUUCCCCGCCACCCUCACCACCAUCGGCGGCAACGCUUUCGCCCGCUGCUCCUCCCUCGCCCGCGUCAUUCUCCCCGCCGGCCUCACCUCCAUUGGCCACAAUGCCUUCGACAGCUGCUCCGCCCUCACCUCCAUCCACCUCCCCGCCGCCCUCACCUCCAUCGGCAACGGCGCCUUCUCUGGCUGCACCUCUCUUGCCUACGUCGCCUUCCCCGCCAGCCUCACCUCCAUCGACAGCGCCUUCUGGAACUGCUCCUCCCUCGCCCGCGUCACCUUCCCCGCUGGCCUCACCUCCAUCGGCAGCCUCGCCUUCGCCCUCUGCUCCUCCCUCUCCCGCGUCACCGUGCCA